AGCAAAAUCCAGUACAUCAGUAAACUGAUGCAGUCACCCUCAAUGCAGCUCGAUGUGGCUGUCGACUUGCUGAAGAAAACCAAAGAUUCCCUGACCAGUUACAGAAACACUGGAUUUUCUGAUGCACAGAAAACGGCAAAGAAGAUGUGUGACGAGAUGAAUGUGGAGGCUGAACUCAAACAAAAGCGAUUGAGAACCACAAAAAGGCACUUUGGCUAUGAGGCUCCAGAUGAGCCCAUACAAGAUGCACUGAAAAAAAUGAAAACCACAUUUUUUAAUGUGGUUGUGGAUACUGCCAUCUCUUCCCUUGAUGAGAGAUUUAAGAAUCUUGGAGAGGUGAAUAACAAGUUUGGUGUACUUCUCAAUUUCCCCAACUUGGAGGAAGAAGACCUGCUGCAGCAGUGCCAAACCCUAAGUGCUGCUCUGACCCAUGAAAGCCAGCCGGACAUUGAUGGCACAGAACUUGCAAAGGAAAUGCAGAAUUUUCCACCAUUGCCAUCAAAGAAUGUGACAAACAUGGAACUCUUGACCUUCCUGCAUGAGAAGAAGCUGGCAGAAAUUUACCCCAACAUGUGGGUUGCUCUGAGAAUCUUUGCCACUCUUCCUGUCACAGUGGCUACUACAGAAAGAAGCUUCUCAAAGCUUAAACUGAUAAAAACCUACUUGAGAACUACAAUGAUGCAGGAACGUCUAAGUGGACUUGCCAUCAUUAGUAUAAAUCAUGUGGUCUCAAGUAAGCUAUCAUACGAUGAUGUUAUAGAUGACUUUGCUGUAAGAAAGAGCAGGAGAGUUACGCUGUAGCAGCAGGUGAUAUGAGGUUGAGUAGGUGGUUGUGUAGUUUUGAUGCAGUACCAAAAAGCACCAGUAGAUGUCUUUAUAAGAGCCCCCUUUCUCCCCUUUUAUUGAUAU